AUGGCCAUUUAUUUGUACACAUUUAAGUGCACAUUCAUCUGUCUGUUUUGGGAUGGGGGAUGCUGUGUUAAGUCGUCGCGACAUGGAUACCAUCGCCGAUCCGACUUGACCUCCCACCCUCCCGAAGACUAUCUUGAUCGGUUGGAACCACUUUCAAGAGUGAAUGACCACUUUGUUAGUCCCCCUCUGCCCGCCAUCUCGGCCGUCCGUUCGUCCAUCCGUCCGUCCGCUUGUCGACUUGUUGACCGGCCAAAGUGGGGCAAUGCUUAA